GGAUCUUACCACUGUGGCCAGUGCAAACCAGGAUAUACGGGAGACCAAGCCAGGGGAUGCCAGGCUGAGAGGAGCUGCAGAAAUCGAGCCCUCAAUCCAUGCAGUAUCCAUGCCCGUUGUAUUGAGGAAAGGAGAGGAGAGGUGACAUGCCUUUGUGGCAUUGGCUGGGCUGGUGAUGGUUAUAUCUGCGGAAAAGAUGUUGACAUUGAUGGCUACCCUAACGAAGAACUCUUAUGCUCUGCUGAAAACUGCAGAAAGGACAAUUGCAGAUUUGUCCCAAACUCUGGACAAGAAGAUGCUGAUGGUGAUGGGAUUGGAGAUGCCUGUGAUGAUGAUGCAGAUGGAGAUGGCAUUCCUAAUGAGCAGGAUAACUGUGUCUUGGCUCCCAAUGUUAACCAGAGAAAUGGUGACCAAGAUAUCUUUGGAGAUGCUUGUGACAAUUGCCGCAAUGUCCUGAAUAAUGACCAGAGGGACACAGAUGGUGAUGGAAAAGGAGAUGCUUGUGAUGAUGACAUGGAUGGAGAUGGUAUUAAGAACCUUUUGGACAAUUGUCAGAGGAUCCCCAACCAAGACCAGGAGGACAAGGAUAAUGAUGGUGUUGGUGAUGCCUGUGACAGCUGCCCUACAAUCAGCAACCCAAACCAGUCAGAUGUUGACAAUGACCUGGUCGGAGAUUCCUGUGAUACCAAUCAGGACAGUGAUGGCGAUGGGCACCAGGACAGCACAGACAAUUGCCCCACCAUCAUUAACAGCUCCCAGCUGGACACGGAUAAGGACGGCUUGGGUGACGAGUGUGAUGAGGACGAUGAGAAUGAUGGCCUUCCUUAUCUCUUGCGCCCAGGGCCAGACAACUGCAGGCUGGUCCCCAACCCAGGGCAGGAAGAUGAUAAUGGUGAUGGAGUCGGGGAUAUCUGCGAGUCUGAUUUUGAUCAGGAUACAGUGAUUGAUCGGAUCGAUGUGUGCCCUGAGAAUGCAGAGAUCACCUUGACAGACUUCAGGGCCUAUCAGACAGUGGUACUGGACCCAGAGGGGGAUGCGCAGAUUGAUCCCAACUGGGUGGUUCUCAACCAGGGCAUGGAAAUUGUGCAGACUAUGAACAGCGAUCCUGGCCUUGCUGUUGGUUACACAGCUUUUAACGGCGUUGACUUUGAGGGCACUUUUCAUGUGAACACGGUGACAGAUGACGACUACGCUGGCUUUAUUUUUGGUUAUCAAGACAGCUCCAGCUUCUACGUGGUAAUGUGGAAACAGACUGAACAGACGUACUGGCAAGCGUCUCCCUUCAGAGCUGUUGCAGAGCCCGGCAUUCAGCUAAAGGCUGUGAAAUCCAAGACAGGCCCUGGCGAGCACCUCCGCAACUCCCUCUGGCACACAGGGGACACCAGUGAUCAGGUCAGGCUGCUGUGGAAGGACCCCCGAAAUGUAGGGUGGAAAGACAAAGUCUCCUACCGCUGGUUCUUGCAGCACAGACCGCAGAUCGGUUAUAUCAGGGCAAGAUUUUAUGAAGGCUCUGACCUGGUGGCAGACUCUGGUGUAACUAUAGACACCACAAUGCGUGGAGGACGGCUUGGAGUUUUCUGCUUCUCUCAGGAAAACAUUAUUUGGUCCAACCUGAAAUACCGCUGCAAUGACACCAUCCCAGAGGACUUUCAAGAAUUUCAAGCUCAGCAGUUUGGCGUUGGUGAUAUUUGAGAAGGAAAAGCAAACUAACAUUGCUAUUGCAAACAAUAAAACAAUAUAUUUUAAAUCCAUAUAUGAUUGUUGUUGUAAGAGUGCACACCGCAGCUUGUUGUCAUUGAUGUGACUAUGUCAGACCUUUUUUUUUGUAUAAAAGUGAAAAUAAAAAGGAGACAAAA